AUGUCACGUUUAGACCUCGUAAUAUUCGGCGCUACGGGUUUUACGGGUAAGCAAGCUGUAAUACAUAUGGUAAAAUUUGCUAAGAAAUAUGACCUUGCAUCAUGGGGAGUUGCCGGUCGAUCGGAAGCGAAACUUCGCUCUAUGAUGACAGAGGUAUCCAAAAAGACUGGAGAAGAUGUUUCGAGUGUGAAAGUCAUAAUAGCAGAUAUAGAUGAUGAUAAAUCUCUCAAAGAUAUGUGUGUCCAAACUAAGAUGAUUGUUAAUUGCUGUGGGCCUUACCGCAAGUAUGGGGAACCUGUCGUCAAAGCGGCUGUGGAAAACAAGACUAAUUAUGUAGAUGUAAGUGGUGAACCCCAGUUCAUGGAAACAAUGCAGAUCCGUUAUGAUGAACAAGCACGGCAAGCCGGAGUAUUUAUCGUUAGCGCGUGUGGUUGGGAUAGCAUUCCUGCUGAUAUGGGAGUAAUCUUCCUGAAACAACAUUUCGCUGGUACUCUUAACUCUGUGGAGUCUUACUUAGAGUCGUAUUUGCCACCAGAAUUUCAGGCUGAGUCACGCGAACGAGGCCUCAUCAAUUAUGGCACAUGGGAGUCAUUGGUAUAUGGUAUUGCUCAUAUGAAUGAGUUGCCAGGCCUAAGGAAGAAGUUGUAUCCUGAACCUCUACCUCGCUUAAAGCCCAAACUUCAACGUCAAACACUGCACAAGAAGGAUGGCAAGUGGUAUCUCCCAUUUCUUGGAGCUGAUGAGUCAGUUGUCUAUCGUACUCAGCGCUAUUUAUAUCACAAUGAACAGGAACGUCCUAUUCAAUUCAAAGCUUACUUCAAAUCUGGAAGUUUGUGUCAAUCCAUUCUUAGUAUCUUUGGAGCUGUAAUACUUUUAAUUAUGACAAAAAUGUCAUUCACCAGAAAUAUUUUGCUUAAGUAUCCCAAGAUUUGUUCCCUGGGCAUGGUGACAAAGGAGGGUCCUACUGAUAAUGUUAUGAAUAAUACACAUUUCUCGUUUAAGCUUGUCGGAAAAGGAUGGGAGAGUGGUUCUGAUGUACAGAACACAAAGCCAAAUAAAACCGUUGUUGCUAGGGUCACUGGCACAAAUCCAGGAUAUGGUGCCACAGUUGUAGCACUUCUGAUGGCAGCACACACUGUUCUCAAGGAGAGAGAGAAGUUGCCUGGAGCAGGUGGAGUUACAACUCCAGGAGCCGUUUUCAAAAACACCAAUUUAAUAAAUAAACUCAUCGAAAACAACUUGAAAUAUGAAAUUGUUGGGACCAAGUAA